AAAUGAAAAAUACUUUAAAAAUAACAAAGUACUAUCUUAUACAUUUAGUUUGUUUUGUACAUGUCAAAAAUUGACAAAGGAAAUUUAUUUUUAUAUGAUUUUUAUUUAUACUGUACAUAUCUUGUAAUUGAUAUUAUAAUUCAUAUUGUAAUUUAAAUAAUUAUGAAAAUGGAAUAUUUUCGUAACAAUGAUAACAAGUUAGUGUAUAUUCAAAAUAUUUUACAAAAUUAAUUUCUUGUUGUAUUAUAUUAUGUACGUGUUCAUUCUUUCUCAUUCAGCAUCCAACAAGCUUUUGAUGAGUUUUUUAAAACAAAAAGUAUACAGGAACAAUGCACAGAAGAAUCCUUCAAGCAACUGCAUGAAGCAUUUUUGAUUUUACCAAAUGAAGAGAUGGAUAUAACCCAAUUAUACGAUGCAUUUGAAAAUAUAUUGCACAUACGAAUGCCGUAUGAUGAAUUUAAAAUUUUAUUUACAAAAAUGAAUUUAAAGAGAGACGGAAAUAUUACAUGGAAUGAAUUUAUUUCGUAUUUAUUAGUAGAAUUUCAAAAGAAAGAUACUACAUUACAAUGGCAAAUAUUGAGACUUCCAAUAAUUGAUACUCCUCAACUUUUGAAAUCAAAUCAUCGUACAGCUAUACACAAGAUCAUAUUUUGCCCUGAAAUUUUACCUGAUAGAACUGCGAGUUUUCACAGAGGAUUUUAUUUAACUAUAACUAAAGAAGGUAUCAUAAAUUACUGGACUUUGGAUUUAAAAUACGAACGUAGUGCACAAUCUGUAAAUCCAUAUUUAAAAGUACAACAGACUUUAAUAACCGAUAUGAUAGUAUUGCCCGAUAUACAAGUAGUAUGCACAAGUUCUACUGAAUGUGAUCUAAGAUUUUAUGAUACAGCAGCAAAGAAAUUUGAUCUUCGAAUAAUGAUAUCUGGCUUGGACAAUGCAGUCAUUUGUAUGGAUUAUUAUUUUAGUAAAAAUAUUAAAGAAGACUCGUAUAUUGUGCUUGGAGAUAUGAAUGGAUCCGUCAAAGUCAUGUCUUUUAGUCCAAUACAAAGAGGACCAUUUAAACAAGAACCUCAACGUGAUACUUUAUUUAUUCGUUAUGAAUCUGUCUUGAAGGGUGAACUAAAAGGUUUAAAGAUUCUAGAAUUUAAGAAUGUACAUACAGACUGGGUGAUACAAGUAGCUUAUUACGGAAGUUUAAGAGCUUUUAUGUCCAGCAGUAAAUGCAGUAGUUGUUCCUUAUUAUUCAGUGAUCUCACAGGAGCUAGGAUUCAAUACAAAUUUAAAGUUAACAUGGGUAUAUCCUGUUUCACAUUUUGUGAAGAGGGUCAAUUAUUAAUAACUGGUGGACCAGAUUGUGUAGUUCGAGUUUGGAACCCUUUCGUGACCAGAAGACCAAAUAGUACUUUUCAAGGACAUCGCGCGCCUAUUUGCGCUUUAAUUGUACAAGAUGCUGGUAAACGCGUGUACUCUCUUUCAAAAGAUAGAUGUAUCAAAGUGUGGGAUGUAUUAGUUCAAUCUUGUGUUCAGACGUACAAUGGCCUUCCUAGUGAAUUAGGUGAAUAUAUAUCAAUGUCUGUAGUAUAUAAUACAUUGAAUCGCAAAAUGAUUAUUGCCAGUUCAAUGAUUGCUGUGAUCGUUUGCGAUCCUGAAGUCAACAAAGAAAUAUCUGACGGUUUUACCCAUACAAAACCUAUCAGCUGUGUUUUGUAUAAUCAUCUCUACAAAGUGGUAGUUACAAUCGGAUUAGAUUCUUGUAUAAUAGUUUGGGAUCCAUGGCUUGGAAAUCGUUUGUUCUUAGUAACACAUGCGCACAGUAGAUUCUUAUAUGGUCAGUUUCAUGACAUUGAAAUCACUGCUGCUUGUUUCGAUGAAUCUGAACAAUUAUUAGUAUCAGGCGCUCGUGAUGGAACAUUAAAAAUAUGGAAUUUUAAUACUGGUACUUGUUUACGAAACAUGACACUUGAAACUCAAUGCGAAAUAACCAGUUUAGUUUGGCUGGAAAAUCGAAUUUUAUGUAGUAGUUGGAAUCGUCAAGUCGUAGAAUUUGCAACUUCUGACGCAUAUGUAUUUAGAAAAGAUUGGGGGAUAAUCCAUACUGAUGAUAUUCUUUGUUCAGCCAUGUGGUAUUCUCAGGUAUUGGCUACAGCAACUUUUAAUGGAGAAAUAAUACUUUGGAGACUAGAAACAGGUCAACCAUACCGAAAAUAUAAAGUUAAUGAACCAAUGUCAAGAUUUAGGAUAAGAUACCAUAAGGAUGAAAAAACGUAUGAAAUAAAAAAACCUAAAGAAAUUACAACAGUCACUUCCAAACAGAGUCAACAUGUGAUGGUUUCUAAACAUCAAGAAUCUGCAUUGAAUAUUACACGAAUUGUUGCUGUUCGAGCUAUGAUAUUUUUAAAUGCCCGACCGGUUGGGCCUGAUGUUGGAACAUUGUUAGUGUCUCUUGAUUCAGGAUAUAUACAAGUAUGGACUCAUCAUCCUGCUGGUGGAUUUCUACAAGCUUUCUCAGUUAUUCAUUCUAUACACGAUUGUGCAUUAGCAUUAGCAACUGAUCCCAAAAAUCACUUUCUCGUAACGGGCCAUAAUGCUGGAUAUAUUAAAGUUUGGUAUUUAGCAAAUUAUCUGUUGCCAAAUCCUCCCAAGAUAUCUAUGCCUCUUUUACGGUUGGAAUUUCCAUUUCUAUGGAAAAAGAAAAUUAUUGGCAGAGCAAAAAGAGCAGUAAGAGAUCAACCUUUACCGCUUUUACUUUCAUCUAUACAUGGGCAUUUAAAAUCAAUUACAUCCGUUCAAAUAAUUCCAGAUACGCAUAUUAUUAUUAGUGGUAGUACAGAUCAUUCUGUACGGUUGUGGACUUUUGGCGGUCGUUAUAUCUCAACCUUUGGAACUUUUAAGCCUUGGUCAACAAUUUUACCAACAAUCCCAACAUAUCAGUAUUUUAAAGAUUAUAGAUAUCCACCGGAUAUUAAAAGAGUCGCUAGUUCUACUACACUGAAAAUUUUCGAAGGAGAUAUCAGGCAAGAACCAGACCUUAAACGUGAGGAAUUAAAAGAGAUUUUGAAACCUGAGCGUAUUAUGAUUAAUGGGCAAAGGAUUACUAUUACUGUGAUGGAUAAAUCAGUCUUAAUAAUCUUUGCAGAUCAGCCAAUUUUAGAUACAUCUUUACCACAUAUACCUAUAUACACGCACUUAAAAUUAAGACCUUUAGAAAUCAUUCGAACACCAAAAUUACCAACACUUUUACAAGAACAAAAAGAGUUGAUGUAAGUUUCAUCAAUUAUUAUUAAUUACUGCUAAU